UGAAAAAAUUCCUCUUAGUACUGAUUCUGAGGAAUUAGAUCAGAUUCAAUUUACAAAACAUGUUAAUUCUAACAAUGAAAUUUGUAUUGAAGACAGAAAAGUCUCCAGUUUAACAAAUAUGUAUCCUGUCCCUGAUAAAUCAAAUGAUGCUCUUCUUCUCCCUGGAUUGCCACCAACAAUGGUAGCAACAUGUAGCUCUCUGUUACAACAAGGCAGUGAAAGAAACAAAAUGGAAUAUCCAAAAGAUAUAGAUCCCCAUAUCUACUAUUUAGAAAAUGAAUAUAAAUAUGUAAAUUUCCCUGCUAGUGGUAUCAAUUUUGGAAACAUAGGUUUUUCAGGUGAUAGACAAUGUGACACCUCUGCAUUCCACAGUGGUCCUCUUCUGGGUGAGGAUAAAAUGAAAAAAUCUGGAGAGAGUCAAUGCAGGAUUUCCCUGAGUCAACAUACAAAAAUCCAAUAUGAAGAAAUUAACAGUAUUGUACAAUACCCAGCUGUAACAAAUUCUACAGUAUCUGAUAACAGCUUAUACUCUAAAACUCAGGGGGAGGAAAUGACAACGUUUUCUCUAUAUGAAGACAUUCAGACAGACAGUAAUUUUGGCACAUUCAAUUCAGAGCCAAUGACUAUGACACAAAAUCUUGAAUAUUUAAAUGAGGAGGGAGAAAUAAGUGCAAAGCAAAAUUACAUAACUCAGAAAAAUCAAAAACAGACUGAAAUGAAUGGAAAUACAGCAAUUGGCUUAAUUUUGUCACAUUCAGAGGAUGAAUUUGAAAUAUGCCAUGCUUCAGGAGAAAAAUUAAAAACACAUUUAUCUAUAAAGAACAAUGGAUGCUUGGAAGAUGUACAAGAUUCAAAAAGAAAAAAUAUAACUGAAUUUGAACUGAAGAGCAUAUUUGAUUUAGUGUUAGAAGAGCUUUGUGUAUUUCAUGAAAUUAGUAAAGAAAAUGAAAAUAAUAUAUCCAAAGUAGAAACAAACAUACAAGAACAUUCUUUUGAAUUAAAUAAUUCUGAGGAGAUGGAAGAAAAUUUUCAAAGCAUUUCUCAAAAGAAAGUAUGCAUUUCCUCUCCAAUCUGUGGUAUUAUAGCAGAGGAAAAUAUAAAUAAGCAAAACCAAAGUUCACUGAAGGAAAAACUAACUAGAAAUGGAGGGCAGGAAGAACAUGAAUCUUGUUCUUCAGAUAUGCCAGAUGAAGAAUUGCUUUACACACCUGACGAAGCUUGUAAAAAGGUGCACCCAUGGAAUCCUGUUUUUUCAUCUCAUUCAUUCAAGGAAGAAAAUUUCAGUUUACAGAAACAAAGAGGAUAUUAUUUGCCACAUGAAAUUGUACGAGUUCACCCUCUUAAAACAUGCAACGGCCCUAUCAGGAUUGGGCUUUCAAGAAAAGCUAAGACCAGACAGCUUCAUCCAUAUCUGAAAUAAAUUUGCAGAUUAUUUUACCAAUGCUGUACUAGAAUACAGAGAAUUGUACUAGAA